AUGAGUCAGACUGGACUUCAGGAGGCGCUUCGGCUCUUGACGAGCGACAAGAUAAAGGGCAGAGAGGAGGGACAGACUGCGAUACGGGUCAUCUUUGGCAAGCGCUCCGUUUGCGCACGCUUCGACGAGGAAGAUCCAGAUCGUCAGCGCUGGGUUCGGGUCGUCGAGGCCCUCUACGCGUGUGCUGCCUUGGACAAAGCUGCAUGUAUGAAGCGUGGGGACUGGAGAGAUGCUCCUCAGGUCGCCAUUAAUCGCGUCAAGCACAGCGCUCAGACGGCUCGCUGGCUCAUCGAGCAAGCUAUCGCAGAAUUUCGGCUCCCAGCCGUGUUUGUUGUGCUGCAGCAGACCUUCAGGCUGCUCGAGCAGCGAGGUCAACCUUUCCAGCCUGUGUUGCUGGAGUGUUUGCAGGCGAUGGGUGCGGCCUUGAGCUACGCGCCUCAUAUCGAUCACUUUGAUGAAGCUCGAUGGUCCGACACAGCGGGUCUGCUGUGUAAUAUCUUGUUUCAAGACAGGCUCUCGGCCAAGUUGGAACAACAUCAAGAGGCUGACAUUCGACUUGACGGUGCCCCUCAGCCAAGCCCAUCCGAUGAAGAAGAUGGCGACGCGGCGCCAUCGGCGCAAGGGCUGGCCACUUGCGACCGGCGCAAAAGGCCCAGGUCUGCCAGCGCUGCGAACACGAGCUCACAGAAGAACGUCGCCGGUCCGGAGGACGUCGAAGUGAUGAAGGCCAUUCAGAAGCUCAUCGAAUCGACCACUGCGCCUCUUUGCACGGAUGCGAAGCUUGGGCUGAGGCUUCUCAGCAAGUACGCCAGGUUUCUCCAAACUUUUAGAACAGACUCCACAGCCCACCUGCCUGCAAUGAUAGGGCUCAACGCAUUGCUGAACAAAUUGCAGUACAACGAACGAGUGUCCGUCGCUCGCUUUGCGUUCUGGAGCUGGCCUUUCCUCUUAGCCAUGUGGCCCACCAAAAAUCGGCCGCUCAAGGAGCAGUUAGUCGUGUGCCUCCGAACCCUUUUGCCCAUCGCUGCUCGCGCGCUUCCAUGUCCAGGUCCUCAGGCAGCGAGAUUCGCCUCAUCAACGCAAGGAGCCGCUGACGUGGCAGAUCAAGGGCAGCGCGCCAGGUGCCUGGCUCAGGUGUUUGAGCUCGUGCAAACGGAGUGUGACCAUCGCUGGGCGAUACCACCUCUCACACUGGCCAAUGUCGAUCUCGCGCAUCAACCUGGAGUUCCUCGCGCAGGGCUUGAAGCGGAACAUGUGCUGCUUGCUGGCACACUCAGGCCCGGUAGAGGUUUCACCGCCCCUCACGCCCUUACUUGGGCAAUGCUCGAGCUUGCUGCUGAUGCCGUGAUUUGUAUUCAGGCGCUUGGCUACUCUUCGACCCGAAGCGAUCUCGUUCAAUCAGCAAAUGACAUCGAAUCAGGCGACGCGCAAGAAGUAUCGGCAGUCUCUCGCCUGAGAUCGGCACCUCAUGGCCAGGGCUCGCAUGCUACCACUGCUCCCACAUCCACCUCGAGAACGACAAGCGCCCUUCUGUCUAAAGGCGGCGCGAUUCGUCACGAUGCCAAACGGCGUCGUCUGGAGGAUUUGCCGAUGGCUACAUGGACACCACAAAGUGCUGUUGGUACCCUGGCAGGCAGAUUGUGCAAAGCAGCAAGCUUGCUCGAGCCCGCUAAGCGUAUUUGGUAUCUCCAAAUCAUUCUCUUUGUCAACGCGAGGCACUGGAAGCAGAUAGACCCCGACGAACGCCGAACUGUCCUCGAGUACCUCCUUGGUCACGCUUCUGGCGACGAUAUAGACGUUCAAUGUUGGUCUCUCGUCGCAUUCGCAGCAGCCGCUCGCAACUCGACAUCCUCGCGCACUGUAGCUGAGGCUUCAAUCUGGUCAAGUAUGUGGCCACUGGCAUGCCGGCGGAUGAGCAUGCCCGGCGCCGCUCGCGCUGGUGCCCACGCUGCACUAGCCAUACUUCAAGCUGGGCUCCUGGAGCCAAGUGUAAUUCACCCUCAGAUCGAAACGGUCCUUGGAAGCAUUGACCUUCAGGGUCCCAAUCAAGUCUCCGACGCUGUGUGCGCCUUUCUCUGCGAGUGCUUGUGUCGCUGUCGAGCUACGCCUGGCAUAGAUGCUCGUACAAUGGAGCAAAAGUGCGCUACAUGGCUAAUGGCUACCUGGUCUCCUUCAGAAGCUGUUUCUAGGCGCUCGAAAACGAACGCUCGCGCGGAAGAGCAAGACGCAGUCGAUCUUGCCAACCUCAUGGCAAACAUCUGCCGACUUUCUCGUUGGCCGACUCUCGCACGCGUGCGUCCAUUGCUCCCAUCCUGCGCCGUCAUUACGCAGAACCUUGAUAACGCCGAGAAUGCCUCACUCGGAUCGUUCCUCUUGCAAUGCGACGUGGGCGACCCCGAAGUCGCUUCCGAGCCCGUGCAGCUCUCCGACGUAGAGUUCGAAGAAGGGGUUCCUUCGCGAGAGGGAGACCCGAUCGUUCAACGGCUCCUCGCGUUCGUUGUCCGCAAUCUGGAGGUCUUUCUAGAUGAGUGGUCGGAUGCCAGCGACAGUACUGGCAAGGUCAGACUGAAGGCGCAUGGCACAGUAGAACAAGUGCGGCGUACGGUGGACUUCGCGGCGGCCGCGCUCUUGUUCGACGCGAUCCUUCGAGCAAACCACGUGGACUCGUCUCGUACGGUCUCAUCCGCCGCUAGCAGCUUACUGGGCUCUGCAAUCGGCGCAGCAGCUGACCAGCGGUGGACGCCUUCAGCACGCCUUACAAUACUCAAGGGUCUCGAGCCGCUGCUGCCUUGUCGACCUGUGGUACGAUCAGAUAGCACGCUUGACAAAUGGUCAGCACUUGUCCGGCCAGGAGCUCAUUCUGGCGCGCAACGGAAGCUUACUAAUGACACAUCGAGCAAGCUUCCAGACCUCCCGUCCGCCGUAUUCCAUGCUCGGCUUUGGCGUCAAAUAAGCUGUCAAGAAGUAAUCCUCGAAACUCUGCGGAGUGUGCUUGGCCGAGUGGCCAAGCCCAGUGAAUCGUUGCGAAGCGUCGGUACUCAGGCUGCCGCGGCGGAGGACGAUGGAGUGUGGAGCAACAUUCGCUCUGCCGACGAUGGCCAGAGGUCGGAAAAUGCGUCUGCUGUUGAAGAUUUCACCGAGCGUCUCACGAUCGAGCUUUGCAUCGGAACUCUGUGUGAUGUUCCCAUGUUGAGGCUGCCACAAGCCCCGUGCCAGCGCUCCGAAGAAGGCGAUUUACGUGAGGAAGACGUCGCCACUAGCAGCUUCGGACCUGGUAUUGCUCAACCUCAAGCGACAUCAGACGACACCAUCAGUCAGCUUCUUGUUGAGGGACCCAUCAGCUUCUUGCAAUCAGCUCUUGGGACCGCUUGUCGGUUGUUUGAGCAGCAUCGCCUACACUUCACCCGCAGCACGCUGAACACCAUCAUUGUCCGACUUGGUGAUGACAUGCUCUUGCUAUACGAGCACGAACAAAGCGAGCAGGCGCAGCUGCUAGCCAUCAAUCUUCUUGACCGCACCCUUGCAGCAUGGUCUCACCCCUCCGCGUCCCAGUCCGAGCUUCAAAGUAACGCCGAGAAGCUUGCCGGCUACUUUGCCAAACGUUUCUCAAAACGGCACAUGCUCACGACCCUUGUCCGACUACGGUCAGGAGUUUUCGUUGAGCGCAUGCUCAGGUGCAUGUCGGGAGCCGAUCCCAUAGUAUCUAAAACGCUGGUCGCGCCCAUGAAGUGGCGCCCAGAAAGGCCGGCGGAUCUCAAAGCGCAGUCGCUUCUGCUUUCCCUUCUAAGAUCUGUCGGGGAUAAAGACGCAGGGGUCCGUUUUGCCGCAGCCUCUCGUGUUGGCCGACUUGUCGACAUAUGCGCAUCUGGCAGACUUCUUAAUCUUGAAGCCCUUUACGAGGAGCUGAGGAGUUUACUGCCGGACGACGUAUCAGAUGCUGAGCUGAUGAUGACGCGAGUUCUGACUCUAGGUAACGUGUUGAUCUCAAACGGGCCUGUGCGCUAUCUUGCGAUCUACCACCUCCUCGAGCUCUCGCUCGUCAGCACUCAAUAUCACGAGAUACUCGCUACGGUCUUUGAGGCGGUUGCGUUGCGCUUAGGCUUCCCUAGUGCACGUGAUUUGUGGCUCCACUUCUGUCCUAGCUCGACGUGGUUCCUUAUACAAGGCGGCUAUGAUCCUCUGCGUCUGCCGUACAACGUCCUUGGGUAUGCAUCCCGCAAACACUGCGUGGAAGGGACCUUCCGACCUGUCGCUUCGAUACUUUUGGCUGCAGAACAGGAUCAUCAUCUGGAAGCCUUCACUACCCUCACGAGCUUCACUAGGAAGAGCACGGACGGCGCUAUGAAAGAAUGUUUGCCUUUCCUUGCCGCCAUCGAGGCUGGCUCAUUAGGAGAAGAGAGCGCUCUCUCACAAAGCAGACCUGAUUACAAGCAGCAGCGCAAGACUCUGCAAGCUCGUCUUGCCUCGCGAUGGCAUCUACCUCCAGCGCGUUUCCAUGAGAUCAGCGCCAUGUUGUCAGAGACCGCAAAUUUAGUCGUUGUCGCUCUCCUCCAAAACUUGUACGACUCCACUGAUCGGGACCGGCGGAGCGACGCAAGCAGCCUUGACGCGAUUACAGGCGUAGGCAGAGGUUUGGGUAUCGUUCUCGCCGCUCUCGAUGGGGACGAUCCUCAGCGCGCCAUGGUGCUUCGCGCUCUCCUCCGACCAAUAGACGCGCACGAAGCUCCAGAACUAGACUCAUAUCUUCCUGCUAGGCCCUUUUACAGCGCUGCAGCGGUCUAUCACGGCCUGCAGAUCCUGGCAGACGGAGAAGACGAGCUGGUGAGCGCCGCUACAGCGUACCACGUCGUCCGGCGUUUGUUCGGUACCAUAGCCAGCGGAUGCUUGAUCAAUGAUCAGCAUAGACAUUUGUUCGCACUGAAGCUAUAUAUCGCUAUGGCAUCUCCAUCAAUCACUGAGGACAACGUUGUGCUAUGUUGCAUCAUCCAAGGAGCCUUGGGCCUUCUUCAAGCCUUAGACUUAAGCGACCAGACCCUGAGUCUACUCGACUGGAGCCUUCGACGCGUACUGCACCUCUCACCUACAUCGCCUCGCCUUGCACCUCUGCUGACUGCACUGUUGCACACCGCCGAGUCGCUCGACGUCAGUGGCGAAGAGAAGAAGCGCAGUCUUAGUACGAGAAUACUUUCGUGGCUAGGCCGAGUCCUGCAGGAGUCCACCGAUAAACAAGCUCAGCCGACAAUCUCAUUGGUGCUUCUGGCUUGGCCUGCCGAGCUGCCAGCACCUUUAGCAGCUCAAAUGGAGGGCAAGAUGUCAAUAACAGAUUUUGCCAGUGCGACUUACCAAUUGCCGGCCAACGCCAUGAAUGCAUACUUCAUUCGUCGGCUCGAGCCUGCCCUGGCUGCAGCAUCAGAGGAUGCGAGGAACGAGUUUCAAGCUGGCGCCAUUUGGCGGCUCUUGGCACCCAGCGCGGCCGACGACAAAAUCGUCAAGCGUGGUGAACGCGCUCAUGCAGCAGCACGAAUACUUUACUUGUGUCAGAAUCAGCUGAGGUCACCGUCGGCGAAUCACAACGGCGCAGAGUUGUCGGCUGCCUUGCCCGUCUACGCCCUCAGCGAAGAUAAUCAUGCAGACCUCUUAGGACCGCUCAAGAGUGCGAUCCUGGCGGUGCUGCUGGAUUGCUUGAACAAAGUGGAGUCAGUAAGCACAGUCGACGCUCUACUUCGUCCUCUCUGCGCCAUCCUCACCUCUGAGCCUGCGUUGCGCGAAGCUCAUUUCAGGAUCGAUAGCGCAUCAUUGCACGAGUUGAACUUGCUCUCCGCAUUCGCCUCUGAAAUGCACGUCCCUCGACGCCGCUCGAUCGUAGAGCUUGAACACUGGUCAACAGAGCUUUCAUCGGACGACUACGAAAUAUGGGCGUCCCGCUUUGCGCUGCUGCUAUGCGACAUUCUUUCCCUGUUGCAGCCCGUCUCUUUCUUCGGGCAGAUCGCUCCUGUUCUUCGGCACAACUGGCAGAUGGCAGGCACCUUGCUGCCUGCAUUGCUGCAUGCGACACUCGAGACGGAGCAGCUCGCGCAAGAUCUCUCAGAAAUCCAAGGGUCCUCUGCUACCAUCUCGAAGCACUUCACAGCCUUAUUAGAGCGCCCCGACUGCGACAGACGAAUUUGGAAAGCAGUGAUUGAGAUGGUCAUCCAUCUUCGCAAGUACGUUCGCGGUGACUCGCCCAUCGGUGAUCAAUGGCUGCAGAUCGACUUUCUUCUGUUGGCACGUUGCGCUUCCGACGUUCGCCGCUUUGCCUGCGCGAUGCUUUUCGUGGAACUUGCGAAGGAGUACACAAGGCCCGAUGCUAGGGAAAAAGGCUUCAACUCGAGCGAUCCCAAAGUACUGGAUCUUCUCUAUAGAAUCUGCGAAAAUAUCGAAGACCCAGACAGCUUUUACGCGAUUCGAGAUAAUGAUCUUCGCAAAGCUCUAAUCGGAAGGCUGCAUCACGAGAAGCGAUGGGGCCGCGCGUUCGAAAUGCACGCCGCAAGCCUGGAAGCUGCUUCUGACGCGCUCUUCCGUCGGGUUCUUGGAAGCGACACGGCACAUCUCAACCUCACCUUGCACGAGAUGGGCUUCAACCGCCUCUCGAGUCUUCUUGACCGUGAUGUCGCCAACCUGACCUCAGGUGGUGAAGGUUCAUAUGAGCCCUACAGCUUCCAAAGUGCGAGCACGAAAGUGCAAGGAGAUGUUCGCGACAUCACUUAUGAUGUAGCUUGGAGAGCUGGCAACUGGGACCUGCCACUUGGAGACCGAAGCCUGCUUGGCUCCGAUCGCAACGUGUACGCCGCGCUGCGAGGCCUCCAUCAGAAUCGCAAUGCUUUCACUUCCAAAAGAGCACUGCUCAAUAAUCUGAGCGACGAGCUGUCCGCUUUCAAUACCAUUGGCCCGGAAGCAAACACCCUAGCUCGAAGGAUUGGCCGGAAUCUUAUGAGUCUCGGGGAGGUAGCGCAGUGGCAAGGGCUCCUGUCCGGCAAUGCCACUGCGACGCCUUUUGUCAACGCAAAUCCAGAGCACUCCAGCGACUUUUUGGAGUGAGUUGCUUUUGAACGUCCCAUUUUCUCGACAAAGCUAAUACCCCUUGCACUUCGUACCUGCCAGAUUUGACGACUUCGAGCGUCUCCUGAGCAUACGUGUCGCUUUGCUUCGACUCGAACGCUCCUAUAGCCGCCGAGAUGACAUCGGUGAAGGCAUUCGCACAGGUAUUGACGUAGACCUUUCUGCGAGGGAGAUUGGAAUCCUUAUGCGUCUCAGUCAAGGGGCACGUGAUCACGUGCUGCCGCAAACCGCCAUGAGAUCUGUCCUUGCAGCACAAGAGCUUCAUGAUGACGUUGCUGUCGACGGUCCUGAAGCAAGUGUUCGCGCUAAAAGUUUAACGAGCGUAGGAGCCCUGACCGAAGAAUUGGCAAAUGUUUUGUGGACGCAAGGCGAGCACUCAAUGGCUAUCCAAGCGUUGGAACAUGUGCUGCCCCGACAUUUAUCCAACAACAACAAGGAAAUGGUAGAGGCAGCACUAAGGAGGUCGAGACUGGUAAGCGGUUUAGCGAGGCAGUGUGCUGAAGUGAAUCAAGACUGACUUCGUGACUACACAAUUGUAUACCAAAUCUCCCAGGGCCGCUGGCGUGCCACAGCUCGUUCUGACCAGCCGCGUCGUAUAGACUCGGACUACUUUCACGUCGCUUGGGAGCUCGUUCUAGACGGCCACGGUACUGCUGCUGACAGAGCACAGGUCGCUCAUGACUAUGCGACCUUUGCAGAUGAGCAGUGCCAUAGUACGUCUGUCAAUGAGGAGGUAUGCAAGCUGGAACGCUUCGUAAAGGACCGGCGCGCAGAAAUCGACUCGAUCGAGACCGCCAUGGGCGAGGAGUCCGAUGCUGGGCGCAAGAAAAAGAUGGCUCGUCAGAGGAGCGAGGCGAAAAAGCUUUUGAAAAUCGACGAGGCCCAGCUGGUGCAACACGUCAACGCUCGCAAGGCCUUUCGCGACCGCGCAGCCAACAUGUUUGCCGUUUCGCUGACUGACAGCGAUAGCUUCGAUGGAGACAUCAUCAAGCUCACGUCACUGUGGUUCGAACACGCGGAUGACGAGGCGUUCAACGGUCGUUUGCGAGACUCUAUACUAGCAAUUCCUUCCCAGAAGUUCGUGCUUUUGAUGCAUCAAAUCUCGUCUCGGCUCUCCAAGACUGGAAGCAGCGCUCGCAACACGCCCCUAAGUGCUGCUUCUGCGACGAGCGAGACCUUUGCUUCAACGCUCUUCGCGGUCACGCAGAAGAUGGCUUUGGAACACCCCUUUCAUUGCUUGUACGCCCUGUAUGCUCUCCGAAAAGGGGCGGAAUUGGAGAAGGCGUCUGCUCGCCGAGGCGAACUUAAUCUGGCUCAGCUCGCAGCUAGUCCGCAGCAACUGCGCGGCGCAGCCGCGGAAGACAUCAUCCAUCAAGCUCGCAAUAAUCCAAAGCUCAAGGGCCGUUUGACAGCAUGGCAGAAGGUUUGCGAUGCUUGUGUAGAGUGGGCGGAGAUAAGUUUGCCGCACACCUACCCCAGCCUCUACCCAAAAGGACGCGUGGAACCGGGGGGACGGAUCCUGCCGCCAGAGCCCCCGCUGAAGCUGCGUCGCAUUAGGGACGUACCAGUGCCAGUCAUGACCUGCAGGCUCCCAAUCGAUCCCACAUGCAAGUACGAACACUUUGUCGGCAUCGCACGAUUUAGCGAACGCUUUUCAACUGCAGGCGGAAUCCACAACCCUAAGAUUACGGAGUGCCUCGGCUCCGAUGGCCAGCGUUAUAAGCAAUUGGUGAGUAAGGUUCAGAAUGUCAUCGGAACAAAGGUCGAGGGCGGUGCUUAUGUCAGUCCGGCACAUCUGGAACAGUUCAAGACAGAGGACGACUUGAGACAAGACGCAGUCAUGCAGCAAGUCUUUGUGCUCGUGAACGGUCUUCUUCAGCGUGACAAAGCCGCUAGGAAGAGAAGGCUUCAUGUGCGAACGUACGCUGUCAUCCCACUGGGACCGCAGUGUGGCCUUCUGGAGUUCGUAGCGGACACGGAGCCGAUCGGGACGCAGCUGAUGGACGCCCACAAUAGGUGAGUUUUCCGUGAAAGUAGUGCCGCCUGCUCUGAGCCUGGUCUGACAAGUUCUCCUUGCGUCAGGCACGCUACGCCUGGAAGUCUAACGCCAAUGGAAGCCCGCAUGGCAAUGCACAAUGCGCAAAGCGGCACCUACGACGAGCGCGUCGACACGUUCCUCCAGGUCUGCGAGCGAUUCCCGCCAGCUUUUCGCUUCUACUUCUUUGAUCGUUAUCAUGUCCCAUUGACUUGGCUUGAGACCCGCCUGAACUACACCCGCAGUGUUGCGGUCUCCUCCAUCGUCGGGCACAUGCUUGGCAUCGGUGAUCGACACGUGUCCAACAUUCUUCUUGACACGCACAGCGGCGAGGUGAUCCACAUUGACUUUGGCGUAGCAUUUGAGCAGGUGCGUAGAUUGUGGUUGAGCUUCACGCUGCCGUGAGUCACUUCUUACCCCGCUUGCUUGCUUUUAGGGCCGUCUGCUGCCGAUUCCCGAACUUGUUCCGUUCCGCUUGACGCGCGAUGUCAUCGACGGAAUGGGCCUCUCGGGCACGGAAGGCGUCUUCAGGCGAUGCUGCGAAGAGACCCUUCGCGUGCUGCGCGAGGGUGCCAACGUAGUUCAAACGGUGCUGGAAGUCUUCAAGUAUGAUCCUUUAUGGGCUUGGUGAGUUUUCUCGACUGCCCUCGCCGCGAAUUUGUUGCUUUGCAGCUGAGCCAGCCAAUCUUGUGUCACUGCUACUCUCAGGUCCUCAAAUCCGGUCAAAGUCUUGAAGGCGCAAGCAGGCGGAGAAGACUUUUACGCUAACGCACCUCGGGUCGGUACCUCAGGCGUGCGUGGAGUUGCCCUGAGCUCCACCAAUUCGGGCCUCGGUACUUCGGAGCUAGGCAGAGGCGAGCGGGGUACAGCUGAGCUGCUGGCCGAAAGGGCUAUCAGUUCAGUCAUGGCGAAGUUGUCGCCAAAUCUCAGCGUCGAAUACACAGUAAAUGAUUUGAUCCAGCAAGCCACGAUCCCAGAGCAUCUCGGCGUCAUCUUUCAUGGUGAGCCUCAAUUUCGUCUCCUGAGAGCGCUCAUCUGAUACAGUCGUAUGAUUUGAUACCCUUCUCCUUUCGCUGUGUCAUGACAGGCUGGCAGCCUGCGCUUUGA